CCGCACAAUAUGUUGAAAAGGGGUGUGCAUGUGUGAAAGGCUUACAUUUUAAAAACCUCUUCCUGUAAAACAAAAAAAUUAAAAAAAAUAAGGAGGGUGGUGGCGAAGAGGAGAGAUUGAGUUACACUCCAGUUUCUCAAGACCAAUUUUGGAAAAGGAACUGAGUGGAAGAAGCAACUGAAGUAAGCUGAGGACAAAAGGAGAAGGCGGGAGGAGAAGAGAAGGAAACGGCAACAUUUUAUAAACAGCUGAAAAAUUGGAUUAAUUGGGACCAUCACUAUCAAACUGGAACAGUUGGAGGUAUACACUGCCUCAAUUUGAUCUCCAGCUUUUGCGGAUUUGUGAGGACUGGCAUGUUUUGUUGUUGCUGUGUGCCUUCAAGUCACAUUUGGGGGCUAAUAAAUUUAUUUCUUUUAUUGCAAUGAGUAUAUGGCCUUCCAAGAUCUCAAGGAGGGCUAAUGCAGCCCCAUAGUCUUCCAUAGUUGGCCACAUCCGCUGUAAGCUGACCUGGGACCUCUCACCAAGGCAAUUGGCAAAAAUGUUGGUUACAGGGCUAUCUUUCUGUCUGCAUAGAUGAGAGCAACUCGUAUUUCUGCACUAUAGAUGUUUAACUCUUCUUUUCUUCACUAAAAACACCACAGUGGCUGUGUUUUGAACAGAAGUUGAAAUCCAAUGUCCAUAGUGUGGCAAUACCAUUACUAGGCAAGGACCCAAUAUAUGCCUGUUGCUAUCUUCAAGACCUGCGGCUUCAUUCUGUUGGCUAACAAAUAUCUCAGAAGGUUCUGGAGAAUUGUGGAAGACCAUGAAGGAGAAUGGCAAGGAGCUACCCCAGCUUUGGGUAACAGGCUCACGCAACAUGCGGGUCAAACUUGCUGCCUGGGGAUCAGCAAACCGACAUCCAUUUGAGGCGCCAGAGGAUCCAAAGGAUCUCCUGACAUCCUUCAGGGAAACAGCUGGCAAAGAGACCUUUCACCCUAAACUAGAAGGGGUGAUGCAGAUCUCCCCAGUACUUCACACAGAACAUCCAGAGAUCUAUGGAGUAGAAGAAGAAACACCUAGGAAGGGUGUCCUGCAACGAGAAGCACAGCGUCAACGUUUCCGGAAGUUUUGCUACCAAGAGGCCGAUGGCCCUGGAGACGUUUGGGGUCAACUCCACAAUCUUUGCUGUCAGUGGCUGAAGCCAGAGGAGCACACGAAAGAGCAGAUCCUGGCACUAUUGGUUCUGGAGCAAUUCCUGGCUAUCCUUCCCACGGAGUUGGAGAGUUGGGUUAGCGAAAACAAUCCAGAGAGCUGUGCCGAAGCAGUAGCCCUAGCAGAAGGUUACUUGCAAAAGGAAGAGGAGACUGAGGAGUGGGAAGACCAGGUAUUCCUAAAGGAGGAAAUGAAUGCUGCCAAGGAGGAGCAAGAUCUGGCAGAAAUGUGGCAAGAGGCACCUUUGAUUGAGCAGAGUGCUGAUGGAGAUGACACUGAGCUAGAAGAGGAGAACAUGACAAAGGAGGUGAAAGAAGAUCCACCCCAGGAGGAGGGUUCCAAACAGGCAGAAAUGGUCUUGGAAUCCACCAAGAAAGAGACUUUCCUGUCUUAUGAGCAGGAAGAAACUCCUAAAAUCCAACAGAACCUCCAAUGUGAGUUAGAAAUUCCUUCAGACAAUAUUUCUGUUGAUAUUCCUUAUUCGAAUGACCUUGGAGUAAACACAGUUGACCAGGUUAUUCAGAAUAAUGGGAAUGGCGAGACAAGCUCUCAAUGUGGACAGAACAUCAGUGUGAGCCCAGCUCUGAAUCCGCCGCAGAGAAUCAACCCAGUAGAGAAGCGCUAUAAAUGUUUGUUCUGUGGGAAAGGCUUUGCUGUGAGAUCCGGCCUCACUGCACAUGAGAGAACCCACACAGGUGAGAAGCCAUACACGUGCUCAGACUGUGGGAAGAGCUUUAGUGUGAGCUCCAGUCUUAAGGCUCACAAGAGAACCCAUACAGGAGAGAAGCCACAUGAGUGUUCGCACUGUGGGAAGAGGUUCUCUGUCAGCUCGACCCUCAAGAAGCAUUACAGAACGCACACGGAUGAGAGGCCAUACGAGUGUUUAGACUGUGGGAUGAGAUUCCGCCAAAGAGGCAAUCUGAGAACUCACCAAAAAAUCCACACUGGGGAGAAAUCCUGUGAAUGUUCAGUGUGUGGGCUAGGUUUUAGUGAGCUCUCAGCCCUUUUUGCGCAUUAUAGGACUCAUACGGGAGAAAAACCCUAUACAUGCUCCGAGUGUGGCAAGAGCUUCUGCCAGAAACAGGGGCUUGCUCUCCACAUGAAGAUGCACAUUGGGGAGAGACCAUACAAAUGUUCAGAAUGUGGGAAAAGCUUCAGUGUGAGUUCACGUCUUAAGAAACAUCAGUUAAUCCACACAGGAGAGAGACCGUUCCAGUGUCAGCAGUGUGGAAAAAGGUUUUGUUCAAGCACAGAUCUCAUCAUCCAUGAGAGGGCCCAUGCUGGAGACAAGCCACAUCAAUGCUCCUUCUGUGGGAAAAGGUUCUGUCGUACAUCUGAGGUGGUUAGCCAUGAAAGAAUCCACACUGGCGAGAAACCCUACAAAUGUCUGGAGUGUGGGAAGAGCUUUAGUGUUAGCUCACGCCUAAGUACACACAAGAGAGUCCACACAGGGGAGCGACCAUUUAAAUGCUUGGAAUGUGGUAAAGCUUUCACUUAUAAAGCUCACCUGGUCGCACAUCAGAGAAUCCAUACAGGAGAGAGACCAUACAAGUGCUCGGUGUGUGGGAAAACCUUUCGUGUACGCGACUGCCUUAUGGUCCAUGAGAGAAUCCACACUGGGGAGAAACCAUUUAAAUGUUUAGACUGUGGGAAAAGCUUCCGUAACAGCUCAUAUCUUGUUCAUCACCAAAGAAUGCAUGCAGAAAGAAAUAGGAUAAUGGAAAUAGCUUCGAAAGAGCAGGAAGAGGAGGCUCUCCACAAAUAUUUAGUGACUGAGGAGACUGGUGAGAAGAUGGUGGAACAACAAUCCUUAGGUCCCGAGGAGCAAGAAAAGGCCUUGGAGGAAGUAGUUAUGAGCAACCAUGUGGCCCUGGUGAAAAAUGAAGACAUAACUGGGUGCGAACCUGAGGCCAUGGAAAUGUUGACAACAUCCCAGUCAGAACUGAAGCAAUCCCACUUCCCAGUCCCCUCACAUUGGGACGAUGUAUUCCUGACCUCCGUUGAGAAGGCAGUCAUUGCCGAUCCGGGAAAAUGGAUGUCUGCUCUCAUCCCAGGCUCCAAAGAAGGACAGCAAUUAUUUGAGGAGAGGGAGAUGGGGGACUAUGGGAAGGUGAAGGCAGCCAUCUUGAGGGUCGACGCUAUCAGCACGGAAGUCCAGCGGCAGCACUUCCGGCGGUUUCAAUACAAGGAGGCCGCUGGGCCACGUGAGGCUUGCAGCCGCCUCUGGUUCCUUUGCCACCGGUGGCUGAAGCCUGAGCGGCACACCAAGGAUCAGAUCCUGGAGCUGUUGAUCCUGGAGCAGUUCCUGACCAUCCUGCCCUCAGAGAUCCAGAGCUGGGUCAAAGAUGGCUGUCCGGAGACAUGUGCCCAGGCAGUGACUUUGGCCGAGGAUUUUAUGCUGAAGCAGCAAGAGGCUGAGAGACCGACACAGCAGGUGCCAGGAUUGCCUGAGGAACCAAUGAGGAGCUCCGCCAUGGUGGACACAGCACCAUUGGAUACUGACCUGAGGCAGGUGUACUUGGAGGUUAAGGAAGAGACUGUUAUAGAUGGCACCUCCUCAGAUCAGCCAUGUGAAAGUGAAAACAAUAUGCAGAGUCCUCAGCCCAAAAAAGCUGAAUGUGAGGAACUGUGCAGAACACCCGAGGGAGCUGCUGAAGAGAAGUUUCCCUUCUUUUGUGAACAGAAAGCUGUGUCUGAAAGUCAAGAGAGACCAGAGAAACAUCCCAAGAAGCCCACAAGGAAAAGGGUCCAAAAAUCUGUUCCCUUGGUGGGUGGUUACAAAGAUCUCACUCUAACCACAAGAGAAAAGGAAAGAAACAAUGAUGAGGCAUCUGUGAAGAUUAUAGUCUGUGAAGAAACCUUCAGUCAGGGUUCAGAUUCAGCAGGAGAGAAAAUUCACCGAUGUUCAGUAUGUGGUAAAUGUUUUAGUCUUCGGUCGCGCCUUAUAGUCCAUGAGAGAACCCACACUGGAGAGAAGCCGUAUACAUGCUCUGAAUGUGGGAGAAGCUUUAGUGUAAGUUCAAGUCUGAUUGCUCACAAGAGAACCCACACAGGAGAGAAGCCCUACAAAUGUACGCACUGUGCCAAAGGUUUCAGUGUGAAGUCGGGUUUGAUCGCACAUGAGAGGACCCACACAGGCGAGAAGCCAUACAAAUGCUUGUACUGCACCAAGAGCUUCCGUCGCAAUUCAGGCCUAGUUAGCCAUCAGAGGAUCCACACCGGGGAUAAACCCUACCAAUGCUCUGUGUGUGAGAAAAGUUUCAGUGACAUCUCAAACCUCAUUACACAUCAUAGGAUCCACACUGGGGAGAAACCAUACAAGUGCUUGGAGUGUGGGAAAAGCUUCAGCCAGAGUUCGUACCUCAACAGCCACCAGAGAAUCCACACGGGAGAAAAACCAUAUGAGUGUUCUGAGUGCGGGAAAACCUUCAGUGUAAGCUCACGCCUUCGGAAACAUCAGAGAAGCCACACAGGGGAGAGGCCAUUUAUAUGUUUGGAUUGUGGCAAAACGUUCAGCGAAAGUUCGGAUCUCCUUGCUCACGAGAGGGCACAUACCGGGGAGAAACCCUAUCGAUGCUCUUUCUGUGGGAAGAACUUCUUGCGCAGUUCAGAGGUGGUUAGCCACGAGAGAAUUCACACGGGCGAAAAACCCUAUCAUUGUGGGGAAUGUGGGAAAAGCUUCAGUGUGAGCUCGCGCCUCAGUGCGCACCGGAGAAUCCACACUGGGGAGAAGCCCUUUCAGUGCCUGGUGUGCGAGAGAAGCUUCAGUUACAAAUCACAUCUCAUUACACAUCAGAGAAUACACACCGGCGAGAAGCCCUUUCAGUGCUCCGUCUGCGGGAAGAGUUUCCGCGGGAGCUCCAGCCUUGUCGCUCAUGAGAGGACGCACACAGGCGAAAGACCGUACCGGUGUUUGGACUGUGGGAAAAGCUUCACUCAAAGCUCAAACCUUAUUAGUCAUCAGAGAAUCCAUGCAGAAGGGAAUUCUUGAAUAAUCUGUUGGAUGAGCUGCUGGGGGUUAUCUAAUCCUCCUUCCCACCAUUUCUCAACGAGACGUCAUCCCUUAGUAGUUCCUCUUCUUUUCUUUGUAAGGGGUAUAUUUCAGCAGUCAUGGAACAGCAACGGAUAUGUACUACUUUUUUUCCAGAGCAGGGCACCAACGUAAGACCCUUUAAAAAUGAAAAGGGGGUUGCUUGUCCAUCCAAACCAAAAUGGGUGAGGUUUAACCAUUGGUGGUUGUUUGCUGUCAACAAAUGCAUUAAUUGCAUGGAAGGUCAGCUAGAUAGAAGAUGAUUUAUUUUUUCUUAGAUUGCCUGUCCUGGCUGAGUUCUUCAGAUCUUUGGAAGAGUUUCUUCUUCUUUCCCAAGAAGAAGAGGAAAUCUUGCAGGCUUAGACUAGACUGUUCAGAAUGUAGGAGGAGGCUGUCAAAUCUGUGAAGAAGGACCCAUUUGUCUGAAGCUUAGAUAUGAUUUCUUUGGCAUUUUACAAGAUGGCAGGUGGCUUGCUACCAUUCUGAAAAGGGACCAAUUCUGACUAAGGUAAAGCAAAGAGGCAUAAAGAGAAUGCCUGAUCCUUAAGGCCAACAAUCUUCAAGUGGGGAAACUGAAAAGAGAGAGGACGUGAUUUCAUGAGCCUUCAUUUUAGAUCCUGCCUUCUUGAAGACAAGGUUCUGUUUUUACAUUCUUCCCCAAAGCUAGUCUCUGGUUUUAUAUGACUUUGUCUCUAAUGGGUCUGAAGCCUUGGACAGCAACAGAAAAAGAGAAAGAGAGCCAGAGAUAGGUUUUAGGUGCAUUUUUAGUUCAUUUUUUUCACCCUGCCUUUGUUUUUGUUUUUUACUGAAAAAGUUCAUACCAUCCUCAGAAUCAAGUGCUAAAUCUUGACUUGGACUGUACUGUGUCAGGCUGGUGAGAGAGAGUUUUCCAUGUUGGAGUAUUCCCCACUGACUGUGAAUAACAAUACAUCCCUGCAGGUAGAUAAAUAGCCUGUAAGGGAUGCAGAUAGGUUGAGGCCUUCUCUUUGACCCAUUGGUUUUCUACAAGCAUUCACAGGGAAGCAUUCAAGAAUGUGAUUGCCCCCUCCCAACUUUCCAAAUCAAGAUUGCAAGAAUAGAUUUAGAAAUUGGUAUCAUGAAUUGUAUAAAUGGAUCACAGUUCUGGGGUGGAUGGAUGCUUUUCUAAAAGAAAUAAUAAUAAAUAGAGAUUGAGAAUUA